ACGAGAGAACUAACACACAGAACAUAUCAAGCAGCAAGAAAGAACCUUGUUAUUUCAUCUGCAUGCUAAAAGUGGCGAAUUCAUCAAGGAAACCUAGUGAUACUAGCAGUGAGUAUGUUGGUUAUAACACAAACAUGCAACAACAAGCUGGUGGUGGAACAAACGAUCAAGGUAGAAUAAGAAGAGUUGGAUCAAAUCAAAGACAACAGCAGCAGCAACAGCAACAAGAGCAAGAUCAACAAGAACAGCAACAGCAUCAGCAAGAUUACGUGACAGAGUCAGCGGGUAUGACGAUGUUUUCUGAGAAUUAUAGUAAUACAAGAGAGAUGUCAGCUAUGGUAUCAGCUUUAACGCAAGUAGUUUCAGGAACAACUGGUGAUCAUCAUCAUUGGCUUAAUAACUAUGGUUCACCAACAUCUGAUUUAAGUGCUCAUCUUAUAAGCUCUACAUCAAAUAAUAACAAUACUAAUACUGUUUCUGUUUCAUCACCAUCUUCUUCUUCAUAUUCUUCUAAUACUUCUUGGGGUGGUAAUACUAAUACUACUCCAACUCAUGGUGGACUAAAAAGAGAAAGAGAAGAUGAUCACCAUCAGAUUAAUAUUAAUAUCAGCGCUGGUCAUAGAGGCGGCAACGGUGGCGGUGAUGGUGGGAUGAUAAGAUCAAAUUUUAGAGGUGGUUUCAUUGCUGACUUCAAAUCUUCACCAGGAGAAUCAUCCUCGGGCAAAUCAGGAUCACCAGAUGGUCCAAGCAAUACUACAUCAACAAACAUUGUAACUAGUACUGAUCAGACAACAACAACAUCAUCAAGUACACCAAGAGUAAAAGAUCAGCAACAAAACAAUCCAGAAGAAGUAGUAGUUGAGAGAAGAAGAAGAUACAGAGGAGUAAGACAAAGGCCAUGGGGGAAAUGGGCGGCUGAAAUAAGAGAUCCACAUAAAGCAGCUAGAGUAUGGCUAGGUACAUUUGAUACAGCUGAAUCAGCUGCUAGAGCAUAUGAUGAAGCUGCUCUUAGAUUUAGAGGUAAUAGAGCUAAACUUAAUUUCCCCGAAAAUGUUUCAUUAAGACCAACAAUUUCUGUAUCUCCAACAACUCAUUUCUCUUCAGUUUCUGAUUCUCAAUCAACCCUUUCUCCAGUUGUUCAAAAUCAAUCAUCUACUUCUUCUACUUUUAUACAAUCUCCAUUGGGUUUACACCAUUUACAGAGUAGUAGCUCUAAUAUUAACAGAGAUUUUAUUCAAUAUACACAAUUACUUCAGAAUUCUGAGAACAACCCUUUCUUUCAAAUUCAACAGUUACAACAAAACCCAUAUGAAAAAAUGUUAUAUCCUUCUCAAUCAUCAUUUCCUUUUCAAUCUUCUUCUACUUCAAGUUCUAUUCCUUACUCCGUUUUUCAAACAAAUAAUCAACAUUCGGGUUAUUUCAGGCCACCUGAAAAUAGUAAUCAGGGUGGUGGUGGAAAUGGGUCAGAUUACCCGACUUAUUCCUGGAUGAAUUCUAGUCAUUAUGCUCCACCACCACCACCGCCUCCUAGUUAAAUUGGCUGGAUUUUUUUUUUCUGUUGUUGAGUUUUUAUUAUAUUGUUCUGACCUGAUAUAAGCCGACAUUUACGGGAUAAACGUUUGGUGGUUCCAUUCGUAGAAGUGUCUGGUUUUUAUCGUUCUUUUACUUGGUUUUGUAAUCUUUUUUUUGUUCUGAAUUAUUUUUUCUUCUAAUACAUCUGAUAAAGAUGAGGAAAAGAGAAACAGAUAAGAUUAGGUUUUGUAUUUUUUUUGUUAUUACAUAUGAUCAAAGUAGUAAAGGUUUUUUGAGUA